CGAAGCUCAGGCCCUCGGUUUGGAGAUUUUCUUGGAGGUCGAGCCCCUGCGCCUCUGUCUGCACCCGAGGCGACAGCCCAGCUUACCCCCGGCUCUUCUGAGCACAGGGAGGCCUCCCAGCAAAGCCUGAAACCCUCUAAGUUAAGCUGCAGGCUUCGAACCCCGACCGUCCCCGCCCAGCCUUGGGCUGCUGAGGUGGGGAUGAACUGGGCGAAGGACACUUGAGAGUUAGGAAGAAACAAACAAGCAGGGAAGUGACCGGGAGACGAGAAUGAAUACAGGAAUAUCUGUCUGCCUGUCUGUGCAUACUCUGUGAAAGAAUACACCAGCAUUACAUGCUGACCCAAGGUACGCCUUCUGCAAGAGGAAAGUUUGUGUUUCAAAAUCCAUCAAGUGAAAGUGAACAGAAAAAUCCAGAGGGCGUCAUUCACGGUGGGCAUACCACUGAGAUCCUGAGGCUGCUUGGGAGCUUGUCCAAUGCCUACUCACCUAGACAUUAUGUCAUUGCUGACACUGAUGAAAUGAGUGCCAAUAAAAUAAAUUCUUUUGAACUAGAUCGAGCUGAUAGAGACCCUAGUAACAUGUAUACCAAAUACUACAUUCACCGAAUUCCAAGAAGCCGGGAGGUUCGGCAGUCCUGGCCCUCCACUGUUUUUACCACCUUGCACUCCAUGUGGCUCUCCUUUCCCCUCAUUCACCAGGUGAAGCCAGAUUUGGUGUUGUGUAACGGACCAGGAACAUGUGUUCCUAUCUGUGUAUCUGCCCUUCUCCUUGGGAUACUAGGAAUAAAGAAAGUGAUCAUUGUCUACGUUGAAAGCGUCUGCCGUGUAGAAACGUUAUCCCUGUCCGGAAAGAUUCUGUUUCAUCUCUCAGAUUACUUCAUUGUUCAGUGGCCGGCUCUGAAAGAAAAGUAUCCCAAAUCUGUGUACCUCGGGCGAAUUGUUUGACAAAUAGCAACCCUAUUCUUUAGAAUUUUGCAGUUAGCAAUAGUAUGUACUCAAAUUGGGGGGGGAAAAACCCUACAUUUUAUUGUAAAGGUGUCUGACAGUCCUGAGAAUUAUUGAUGGUAAGGAAUAAAAGAUGUACAGAUGACUCAGUGAAGAAACUGAGACUUCUCUUAUGAAACAAACAUUGAUAAACAAUAACUACUAAAUAUUUAUGCCUCUGUAAACCAAAUCUCUUUUCUAGAUAAAAAUAUGUAUCACUACCUGCAAAUUU